UUCCCUUCCAUCUUUAAAAAAAACCCUCGCCAGCAGUCCCUUCGUCGCGCCCCAUUUUUUCACGAAAACAAAACGAAAAACUCACACACACACCCCUACACUCAUAUCUAUUCAGCUGUGUAUAUUCUGCAGCUAAUGGCCUGGUGGGAAGGUGUUGAAGAAACUCGUGUUUUUCUUUCAUCAGAUGGUGGUGGAGAGGGAGGUAAGGCUGGAUGUUUGCUGUCCCUUUGCCAUCCUAAAACUGGGAACCCAACUUCCUAUCUCCUUACAGACGGAAACCUUCAAGAAAUUCACUGGUUUAAGACAGCUUAUGGGUCUUGGUUCUUGGGUGAUUAUGUUUGUGAAGAUGGUCGUCUGUAUGCUGCCACUCCCAUUGACCCAGUUUUUAUUUUGUUACCAAUUUUUGAUGAAGCACGAAUGAAGAAGGGAGAAGAUCAAGGAAAGUUCAGGCAACUAGAUGAGAUAAUUUUCAUUCAAGGGUAUCCUGGAUACCAACAUCUGUUAUCAAUUGCAGACAAAUCGAUGCAGGUUGUUUGUGAUUUUAAAGAAGUUGGCUCGACAAAGUUUUUUAGGCUUAAUGAUUCCAAGGUUUUAGCUUGGUUACACUUCAAGGUACACCAACUAAAGCAGACUCUGCCAACACUGGAUCGAAAUUAUGCUGCACAAGCUGAGAAGGAUACAUUGGCUGAUGCUGUUUCAAUAUUGGGAGAGUACUUGAAGGAUGAACCAUGGUUGAAGCUCCUGUGCAGCAAACUGAAGAUAGAUUUACAAGAAGCUAAGCCACCAGAUUCUAAGAUUCUUCCAUCCAGCACGGAGAGUAGUGUUCCAUCUUUUGAUGAUGUACAGGAGAAAAAUGGGAUUGAGAAGAGAACUACCAGGCAACAAUCAAAAAAGGCAAAAAUAGAGACCGGCUCAUUGAACAUUAAAGAUAUGUUUUCGAAGGCUUCAAGAAAGCGAUGAACAGCUUAAUUAAUUGCGUAACACUAGAGAAUUCAUAUGAUCACAUGUACCCGAGAUAUGUUGACAUGGGGACAUUGACUGUCUUUUUUCCUUUAUGGUGUUGUUGCAAAGGCCUAUUAAAUUUGAUGUAAUCAUGAGAAAUCCAACUAAUCACUUAUGUAUGUAGAAGUUUUUUGUAACUUUGAUGCUACGAACAUGUCAGACUAAAAUUUGUGCAUUUUAUUUGAUAGCGCCCUGUAAAAUUUGAGAAGCUGACACUUGAAAGUAUGUAUUUAUUAUUUUCAGUUGAGGAAUUUUGUGGUUGGA